UUCCCUUUUCCUUUUUUUUUAAUGAUGACAGAUCCUUUUGAAACACCUUAUACCUAUGAACCUCAAGACCUUGAGUAUAUGCAACUCUCCAUACAGGAAGCGCAUAAAUCAAUCCCAGCACCUCAAGCUUAUUGUGUAGGUGCCGCCCUUGUAGACAAAGAUGGAAAGUUAUUAAGUACAGGUUAUUCACGCGAAUUGCCCGGGAAUACACAUGCAGAAGAAUGUGCUUUAGCAAAGGUAGAUGCCUCUAUGGAUCUCUCGGAUACCACCAUGUACACAACCAUGGAACCAUGCUCUGUUCGGCUAUCAGGAAACAGACCUUGCACCAGCCGAAUUAUCGAAGCUAAAAUUAAACGCGUUGUUUUAGGCGUACGAGAACCUCCUAAUUUAGUGACUUGUGAGGGCAUUAGCCUUUUAAAGAGAGAAGGAAUUCAAGUGUUUAUCGUGCCUGAUGUUCAAGAAGCAUGUUUAGCACCCAAUCAACAUAUUAUCAAAUAAAUCUAAACAUGAAC